UCUACUCAACGGUACUGCUGCGGUUGUUCGGCCUCAGGGAAAUAAAAAACACAGAAGACGCCCAAUUGUGCAUAACGCUGUCAGUUAAAGCUGUGAACCUGUAGAUGGCGCCCUGUCACAACCCACACCUGACACGCGGAAAGCGCCUGCGGCCAAUCACAGCUCCGCGUUCACCACUUUUUUUUUUAAAGUUCGCGUUUUUUUUCUUCCGCCGUUUGAGUUCGUGGCUCGAGGAAACAGUUUUUUUUAUUGUCCACGGAGCUGAAGAUGAGACGGAGCGAAGCGGCCCCGACUUUAUUGAACAAGCAGCAGCUCAAAGUCGCAGCCACGAGCGAGAGGAGGCUGCCGUGAGGAAGGAAGAUGUAUCUAUGGCGCUUCUCCAUCGCCAUAACUCUCGGCUUGGUUUGGUAUUUCUCAGACUGCGGCCGCACAGUGACACAGUACUGCUUAUGUUUCCUCUUUUGUCUGUCUUCGCCGCUGCUGAGUGGAAACAGCGGCCGAGAGAGCGCCACUCAAACUGAUGAGGAGACGAGUUGCUCUCCGCUCCAGGAUUCCUGUAAAGAAGAGUCGUGCGUUGAUGGAGUUACCAGUGAGCACACAGAACCGCCAGAGUCCCAGUAUCCACAUGUGAAGAGGUCUCUACAGCAAGUGUUCGAAUGUGCCUACGCUCAACUGGUCCUGCCUUGGUACGGGGUCCCAGAGCCAUGUGACGACCAGCCUCUGCACCAGGUGCUCAGCAGGGAGUUUGACUUUGUAAUCGACCGUGUCAUUGAAAGAGCCAGAGACUUUGAUCUCUGCCAGGCAGUCGUGGGCUCCAUUCGGAUUCUGACCCAGCACUUGCAUAAUGCGAAACAGCCUGACAGAGAGCUCUUGUUCAGCUCCAGAGCAGAGGAGAUUGCAGUUCUCAGAGAGUUUUCUGACACCCUGGUACGUAACCUUUUCCCGAAAUCUCUCUGGGGCCAAGAAGUCAACCGCUGUGCCUUAAAUGAGAUCAUUGCCUUAAAGGGGCUGGGACUGCUGGUCACAUGGCUGUCCGACCCCGACAACCUGAACCAGCUGGUGGUGAGCCAGCUCGACAGCGUGACCCCCAAAAGCUCCGCAGAGGAGCUGUGUGGAUCAGACCCAGAUCAAGUCUCCCUGGCUUCGCAGGAGGACAAAGGCGAGGGCGAAGGCAGCGAAGUGAGCUUGGAGGGAGCAGGGAUUUCAAAUGGCAGCGGGAUCAAAGGCAAAACGAAAGGCAACAAGUUAAAAAAAGGAUGGUCCAAAUUUAUGGAAAAGAUGAAGUCCAAGAGAGCCAAGAAAAAGAAAAUGAAGAAGAUGGAGCAGGAGCUUAUGAUGAGGAUCAUGGCGAUCCAGGGCGACGUGUCCGCCGAUGACGAUGUCACCAGCAUGGGGGGCUCCGUUCACAGCCAGGAGGACUCUGACAGGGAAGACAGUGAUCUGGAUGAAUAUCUGACAAGUGUCCAGGAGGAUAUGAUGGAAUUCAAGCUGUCGUAUGAGAUGUGGCGCUUUGGCCGCUGGACUGUCAGCAUCCCUCAUGCGGAGUGGGACGAUGAGGAAGAGGAUGUGAUCUUCACGGUUCACCUGGAGGAAAAGGACAGCCCUGAGAACCUGCAGUGGGACAUCAGGAAGAGCUACACUGAGGUUAUAUAUUUCCGCAACAGAUGGCAGGACGCCACCAGCCUGCCUGUGAUCUUGGAGCUGGAGGUGUCAGAAGUCAACAUUGAGGUUAAAGAAGAAGCCAGACUGUCAGUGGAGCAUUUCCUGCAGGAAUUGGUAUCUGACAAUCUGAUCGGCCACACUCAACCGGUUUUUCAGUUCCUCUGCCCGCUUGACAAACUAUUGAAUGAAGAGGAACAUUACGGAGGCGUGUGGGGCCUUCUCAGUGGUUUAGCGUACUUCCUGACACCCACCCAAGAGGAGGAAGAGAACCUGAGUCCUCGGACAGAAGCGCCGAAAGAAGUCACGAUGCCGUGUCCGCAAGCAAAAUCCACAUCCGCAUCUCUACAAAACCACAGUGCUUGUACUGCUGAGAAAGGCAGCGAUGUUCCUGAUGCUGCUCUCCCAACUAUUGUUAUCUCCGAGUGUAAAUCUCCUUCAGAAGUGCCUGAGGAAACCGAGACGGAAACAGAUUCACAGCCUGCUAUCAGGUCAGACUCCUCCUCAAAUGAAAACAGUUCCCAGGAAAAAGCAGACAAAACCUCUCCCUUCAAAAUGAUCAUCAAGGGACUGACCCGGUCCAGAUCACAAGACUCUUUGGCCUCGUCGAAGCCUAGCUGUGAAGAAGACCUGUCUGAAUCAGGCUGCAACCACAAUGGAGACUCGCAGCGGGAGAUCCCAGAAAGCCCUUCAUGGCUCCUUUUCAGUGCGAGGUCAGGCAAAAAGGAGAAGACGUCUGGUGGUGUGAACAAGGCUCAAGGAAAGGAGACGCAGAGCACUUUGCAGAGAGGAGAGGACUCUCAGUGUCAAAAGAGCCAAGUCAACUGGGAGCAGCUGGAGGCGACUAAAGCCAUAUUCGAUCUGCUGAAAGAAAUAUCAGGAAACUCCAUCCUCAUAAACAUAUUCGACGCCAUCUUGAAGCCUGUGAUGCCUAUCUUGAAAAAGAAAUUGAACGCUUUCCUCAACAAAGUGAACCCGACGGAGGCGCAGAUGGCCGGGUACAUCGACGCCAUGCGUGACGCUCAGUGGCCGGAGUCUCAGCCUGCUGCACCACCUCCUCCUCCUCCUUCUUCCCGUCGCACUGACGAGCAGAAGGACGAAACCAGGGAACGAGCGCAUAACCUCAUCAACGCCAGAUAUUCAAAUUUUCUUGUCUUGAAGAAGACGGACGUGGAGUCUGUUUUUAAUCUUCUCCAGAAUGGUCAGGAAAACAAAACGCUCAUCUACAUGCUCCUUUCAUUCCUAUUGAAAGAAUUGUUUCCCAAUGAGCCUUCACUGAAUUUGAGUGCUGUGCACAAAGUGACCAACGCAGCCAACUGAUGUGAAGCCCUGCUUGUGCUUUUAAUGGUACUUUGUUUUGAAGUUUUUAGAAUGUCAGAUUAUUUAUUAAGUGUCUUAAAGUGCCUUAAACAUCCAUGACCACUUGUGUAUCAUGUGUGACAUGCUCAGUGCUGUUGUUUUGUUUUGUUUGUUUGUUUUUUUGUUUGUUGUUGUCCUGUUUUUAUCUCAAACGUACUGUGAAUUUUUUUGGAUUUCGGAUCAUCUUUGUAUGUCUUCACUUGUCACUGUGAUGAAAGUGGCUUAUCUGUAAGAAAUCAGAAGUAUUCUUUAUGGGAGCCAGUUUUGAUUUUUUGUACUCAAACUUUGUUUCAUAUUUGCUAUUUGAAUUUCACCCCUCACAUUUUAAUGUAAAAGAAUUUUCUAAAAUGUUUUCUGUCACUUUGAGCACUUUUGUACGGUGAGAGUGUAAACCGGUUGAUGUGACCUAAAGUUUUAUAAAACCAAAAUAUGUCAUAAUUCCUUAUCACUUAAAACUGUCGAAGCAUGGGCAGUACUCUUUCAAAGGAAACUUGAAAUAAUGUUAAUCUAAGUAACUUAAGUUUAUUCCAAAUAAAAUGUUUUCAUAAGUCAUUA